AGCUGAGACGUUUUCAUGCAGCGCAUAUUAAGAACAACAGCAUCACAGUCUCACUAUCGUUUACCAUGCCGUUGAUUGUGGCCUUCAUUUUCAUGUUGUCAAACGCCCAUCCUGCCAGGGCGGGUCAUGGAAAUCAUGCAAAUGUUAGCAUGGGGGAAUCGCUGGAUGGAGUUGUUGAAGAAAACGUGUUGAAUAAUGAGACAAAAGGAGUCCGGGCAUUCCCUCCCCAGACAAAGACGGAAAUGGAAACGCGGAUCAUCGGAGGCCGGGAGGCUUGGCCCAACUCAUGGCCAUGGCAGGUGUCCCUGCGCUUUGCCACCAUGCAUGCUUGUGGUGGUGCUAUCGUCACUGACCAGUGGAUCAUCACUGCUGCGCACUGCUUUAUAAAGUAUAAUAAGCCAGCAUUUUGGACAGCGAUGGCUGGAAAACAUGACCUACAUAAGUCUAAUGAGGCCUUUCAGCAGUUGCGCGAUGUGGCCUUAAUCCUCAGCCACCGCGAGUAUAACCGUGUUACAAAAGAAAACGAUAUCGCCCUGGUGAAGCUCGUCGACCCUUUCACUUUGAAUGUGUUUCUGAGGCCUAUCAAUAUCCUUGCUGGACCACUUCGACUGGGGAUGGAGUGCACAAUCACUGGCUGGGGAUCCACAAGAGAAAAUGGACCACAUGUUAGUAAGCUGCAGGAGGUGAACGUCACCAUCCUGCCUAUCCACACCUGCAACACCUUCUACCAUGGCAAGGUCCAGGAACGGAUGUUCUGUGCCGGAAAUGAGGCAGGAGGAGUGGACGCGUGUCAGGGGGACUCCGGUGGUCCUCUGUCCUGCUUCAGAGGCAGGUGGUACGAGCUGGCCGGAGUGGUGAGCUGGGGAGUGGGCUGUGGGCGUGCCCAGAAGCCUGGGGUCUACACUAAGCUGCAGCGCUACAAAGGCUGGAUGGACACAGAAAUCCAAAGUUAUGAAGGAUAUGAUUAUACAGGUGCCAACAGGGCUUCGGAUUUAGUCCACUGUGGCCGGGCAAUUAUGCCACCAGGCAGUCUCGGUAAUGCCUCCGCGGAGGUGGUGGACAGUGACGAGGAUGGGCCGAGGGUGCUGAACGUCAGCACAGCUUACCCUUACUCCUGGCCUUGGCAAGUCAGCCUGCAGAGUGAUGGCGUUCACUACUGCAGUGGUACCCUCAUCAGCCACGACUGGGUACUCGCACCUAAGCACUGCUACUGCAAGAAAGACUGGGAUGUGGUGGCUCUGGGUGUUCAUGACCUCACGUUCAUGUCCACCCCGCCUAUCCCAGUGGCAGAAGUCAUCGACUUUCAAGGAGGUGCUAGCUUCCCACCGGCGUUUGACCUCAGUUUGAUCCGUCUGGACUCUCCUGUUCGAUUUGACCCCACCGUGUCUCAAGUGUGCAUCCCUCAUGAGGACGACGACGAACCUGAUGAAAGCUGGUCAUGCAUGACAACGGGCUGGGGCUCUACUGAUGCCACACCAGGUGUGAACCCAGAUAUUCUACACCAGGCCAGGCUAAAUAUAGUGAAUAAGACUGCCUGCAGAGCAGCAUGGGGAGACGAGCUGAUACUGAAUACUCACCUUUGUGCGAGCGCUGCCGGCUCUACAGCCUGCAUGGGGGAUUCCGGUGGACCACUUUUGUGUCAAAGACGUGGACUAUACUAUCUUGUUGGCAUGGCAACAUGGAGCAGUACGACGUGUGACCCUACGAAACCAGCUGUGUUCACCAGAGUGUCAGCGUUUCAGUCUUGGAUUGCAGAGAUAACGGAUGAAUUAAAUUAAAAGCUAUGUUUAAUAAAGAUUUUGAUAAACAUCUAA